CCUGCGGUAUACUUCUGCAGAAACAUAGCUGCUGCUCUAGGGUCCUUUUUUGGAUUGGGGCACAUAUCUUUCAGUUCCUUCAUUAAUCCUAAAGGAAGAGGGAUAUGGACUUCAGUGCUACCCACAGUAAUCAUGGGAAGCCGCAGUUGUCACUGAAGUCCAUAUCCCUCUUCCUUUAGGAUUAAUGAAGGAACUGAAAGAUAUGUGCCCCAAUCCAAAAAAGGACCCUAGAGCAGCAGCUAUGUUUCUGCAGAAGUAUACCGCAGGGAGCCAUUUAACUUUGGAGGAUAUUCAGAUAAUACUCUCAGCCAUAGACCCAGACACUGGCUCUCAAAUCGAUCCAGAAAAGAUAAUGAAGGCAUCAGAAAAAGAAGUUAGGGAUGGAGGAGAGAGAGAUGGCCCCAAGGUUUGGAAGAAGUUUUGGGAUAAGAUAGGAGUAGAAUGGAUGAAAAGAUACAAAGGGGAUUCAGGCUUACACACAAUGCUAAAUACAAAACAAGAGCCGAAAGAGGAUUUUUAUAGUUUCUGUAAGAGACUGUUGGAUCUCUACAGUAGUACAGGAAUGAAUUCACCUGAAUUGUUCAAGACUACAUGUAUGACAAAUGGGGACCCUAAGACAACGCAGCUAAUAAAAUUAGUGAAUAACGAAUGGCUUACUCAAUCAGUGACAGAAUUUAUGGAUGACAUAGCAAAACGCUCGGCCUCUGGUGUUUUCAAUCAAAAGGGAGGAGUAUUUCCAUUGUUAGUGCAGCAGGACAUACAACAGGAGUCUAUAUUGUCAGGUGGGGAAAGCAAUUACAUGAUGAUGUCAGGUUUCUCCCGGGGAAGGAAUAAUAGAAGAGGUCCGAAAAGUAGGGGCCAGGCAGAUUACCUGGGAAGAGUAGAAAGAAAUCAGAGACAGGGCUGCUUCAUUUGUGGGAGUCUAGGUCACUGGAGGCGGGAAUGUCCAAAGGUGAGAGAUGAAGAUAGGAGAGAAUACAGAGGGAGAGGCGCCUCUGACUACCGAGGGGGGCCCAGACAACAGGAAAGACAGCAAGAUAUGACAAGAAGACAACCCCAGGGAGAUCGUAUUAACAUACACUGGCCAGCACAGGAUGGGGGGAGUAGACAACCCAAUUUGCAAUCAGACUUACAGAGGUGGUCUGAGCAUGAACAGUACCCGUCCCCACGGGGGAACAAUUACUAUUAGGGGUGCCCAGAACGAGUCCCAUCCUUCAUCAUGCAUUUUGUU